AUGCAAGUUGGUCAGCUGGCUGGUCCUCGGGACCGGUUCUGUCCCGUAGGGGCAGUCACAAAGUGGCCAUAUCGACACUUGUACAACACGGAAGAUUCUGAAAAAGUGUCGGUUAGAUAUUUCGCAGCUGGGCAAUUUCGAUCCAGGGGAUGGACAAUAUACUAUAUUCAAACACUGCUGGAAAAUACCAAACCUCUUCUGCUCAUUCCACGAGAGGAAGUGCUGGACCUCUUCAAAGAGAUCUACGUUCAUUUCAGGAUUCCUGCCGACUUCCCCGACGUGACCCGUCAUCCAGGCUUCGACAUCGGAUUUGAAGAAGAAGGGAGUCCACGUCCGCGCUACCUUGGCCGACUGACAGAUCAGAUGAGUCUUCUAGAUCUUGAAGAAAUGAUGCCUGAGCCAGGCACGGAGCUAGGAGGGCCACAGAUUAUGGAAGACCGCACCUUUCCAGCGUUCCGGCGCAAAAUGGAGGCCGCGAUUCUAGCGGGUAAGAAUAGGCAGAAGAACGCAAAGUCCAAGAAGAAGCAAGAUCGUGUGGUCCAGAAGCGGGGAUGGUGCGCGCAACUGAAGCGUGCUCAAUGCUAUCUCGGUAUCAGACCUCGUGGGACCGCUAGAAAGGAGGACUUCCAUAACGACCCGAACCACACCUACGAGGAGAGUCAAGCCGCUCAAGCUGCGUAUGAAGAGGCUGCUGGUCUAAAGCUACCAACGCUAGUUCCGACUUUGCCUGCCCCGUACCCUUUCGAAAGUAACGUGGUCUUUGUGUGCGUGGAUGUUGAAUCAUACGAGAAAGACCACAAGAAGGUUACAGAGAUAGGCAUCUCGACGCUUGAUACACUUGACCUUGUGAAUACUUCACCUGGAGAAGGCGGCCUUGACUGGAUGAAGAAGAUUCGGGGACGCCAUUUCAGGAUCGCAGAAUACGCUCAUCUCAACAACACUGAGUUCAUCGCCGGCUGUGCAGAUAAAUUUGAAGAGAAAUUCGGGAAAAGCGAGUGGAUCUCAAUCAAUGAAGCACCACAAGUCAUUGCCUCCUGCUUCCGUCACCCCUUCUCUGCACCAGGCCAGUACCCUUCAUAUCCAGCUGAUGCACGCGUGGUCGGAAGGUACGGAUCUGGCAGCCAGUACUUACCUCCAGUUAAUUACAACGCACCCAAACGCAAUAUGAUUCUACUUGGCCAUGAGAUUAGUGCCGAUAUCCAAUACCUUCGAAGUAUUGGCUACGACGUCAGCAAUCUAUCAAAUCUCCUCGAAGCGAUUGAUACAGUCGAUCUUUUUCGUGCUAUGAAGCAUGGGCAGAACCCAAGCAGUCUCGGAUCCGUCCUCAUGGAUCUUGGUUUGGUUGGUUGGAACCUCCACAAUGCCGGUAAUGACGCAGGAUACACCGUGGAAGCCCUCAUUGGUAUCUCCUUCAAAGCUCUAAACUAUGAGCACCCCAAAGCACCCGACCCGGAAAGACUCUCUGCCGCGGCAGCUGAGGCUCAAGCUCGCGUCAUCGAAGAGACGGAGGAAUGGGAAAUAGCAGACGAAGAAGGCGGCGAUGGUGGCUCCGCCGUCAAGCUUCUUCCCGCGGCCGAGAUGGCCGAAGCUCGCGCUUUCCAACAAGGACUCAACCGAGCCGUGAAAGCGGAAGAAAAGUUCAAUGGAAACUACUCGAGGAGUGACGCGAGGGAUAUACAGAGAGGAGACCGUCGUAGUGGCAAGGGUACGAACGGAUAUGACGGGCAUUACCCUGCGCUGAAACCUAGCAUCGAGAGAAAGGGCGAGAUUCAAUACCAUGCCGCCAACGAAAAGAAAACGAGAGAGAGGACUGCACAGUACUUCGACGAAGAUGGGUGGGGCUGGAUUGGAGAAGACGAUGGCAAGGCUGUUUCACGGAAUGACGGGGCCGAUGAGGAGAAUGGAAACACUCAAAAUCCAAAUAGCAACACCAUGUCUCAGAAUGGCAACACUUCACCCCAGAACAGCCAUUCCAAGAGAGAUCCAAACUAUAUUCCACCCCACAAGCGAGCUGUGCAGAACCGAACUCCAAAGGAGGCGAAAAAAAAUGUCAGAGACGACACGGAUGAGGAUUUGAUCGUUCUAGAAGACAAGCCGAAAGAGACACCUUUGCCGCCGCAGCGUCUAAUGGCGAGGAUGAAGCUGCUGGACGCGUACGGGGACGAUGCUGACGGGGGCGUGCCGCUCACCUGA